AUUUUAUUUGUGAUGAGAGGUUUCUUUGCCAUAUCAAGAGCUUUUAUUGCUCCUGUUGCAAAAUAAACUUUUAAUUUCUCUACCCAAUAGUCAAAAAUAUAAAUGAGAAUGUAUUUUAAAUUUGAACUAUUAUAAGAGUCAUUAACAAAAUAAACGACCUUAUUAGACUAUCAUCUACUAUGUCUAGUUUACGUAUUGCUAAUUAAUAUGAUUUAACAUUAUUUUCAUUAUUAGAGGAGGCUUAAGGUAAUAUUUAAGAUUUCAUAUUAUUAGGUAAAUUUAUAGUUAUGAAUUUUAAGAUGACUCGACUGACUUGGAUAAUAGACAAAUUGGUUUACAUUUAGGAUCUACAGUUUCCAUAUGAUGUGUAAAACAUUAUUAUUAAAAAUAUUACCGAUCUUUAU